AUGGAGGGGACAACGCUCAAGACGUGGCGGCUGGGCAAGAAGCUGGGCUCGGGCGCUUGCAGCGAUGUCUACGCCGUGGAGUCGGUGAGCUCGCUGGGGAGCGACGCCGGCCGCGAGCUCGUCAUGAAGCUCUCGCCGCUGCCGCAGCUGCCGGCCGCCAAGCUCAAGAACAAAAAGCGCAAGAAGACGCCGGCCGAGCGCAACGCCGACGCGCUGUACGCGGAGCACCUGCUCUAUAAGAACCACCUGCGGGACCAGCCAGGCAUCCCCUACGUGCCCAUGGGGGCCUACGGCGAGGACAAGGGAUACCGCUUCCUGGUGAUUGAGCGGCUCGGCCGGACGCUCGAGACGGUGCUGCAGGAGCAAGGACCCGUGCCUUCAGCCACGGCGGCUCGACUGGGCCAAGAAAUUCUGGAUACGCUGCAGCAGAUGCACGUGAAGAACAUCCUGUACGUCGACGUCAAGCCCGAGAACUUCAUGCUGGACACUGACAAGGAGGACACAGUGUACUGCGUGGACUUUGGCAUCUCGGACCGCUACGUCGCGGCGACGGGCAAGCACAAGGACUACAAAGAGGGAACGGUGGUGGGGACGCCGACGUUCCUCAGCCUGAACUGCCACAACGGGGCCACUUCUAGCCGUCGGGAUGAUAUCGAGUCGCUACUGUACGUGCUCAUCUAUUUGAUGCGCGGCGAUCUCCCGUGGCAGCAGGCUUCGAGUGAUGCGGAGGGCGCCAAGAUCAAGAAGAGCACUUCGGUGGACCAGUUGUGCGCUUCCCUGCCUCGAGAAUGGGCCGCGAUGCUGAAGAACAUCCGCGAGUGCGGCUUUGAGGACCGGCCAGACUACGAUUUCUUUGCUCAGCAGUUUUCAAAGCUGGGUGGCGAGAAGGGAUUGACGACGCCGUUCGAGUGGGGCUCGCGCAAGACGAGCAAAGCGGUUGCGAAGGUGGCUGCAUCUCAAGACUCGACCUCCGACAGCCCCGUCCGCAAGCGCGUCAAGAGCGUCGACGAAGUUAUCACGGCGCCUCCACCUGGCCCAACCAAGGCGAAGAAGACUGCAGCUCCCGAGAAGAAGAAAGCGACUCCUCGUCACAGCAAGGCGACAACCAAGAAGGCAGCAGUGGCGUCAACCAGAGCGAGGGCCGGCAAGGCGAGCAAGAGGGACGAGGAGGAGGCUGACGACGAUGUUGAAGUUGAGGUCGUGGGGUGUGUGGCUCCGCACGACCGCGAGGUGUUCAAGGCCAUCGCGGGCCACGCCGCCGCCACCGCCGCUAUCAAGCGGUACAAUCUACGCUCAACCCCUCGAGACUAA